AUGGGAAUGGAGCGACUUCUCCAGAUUCCUCAGCAACUUCCUGUUACUCUUCUCAUUCUCAAAGCAUCCACAACAUGUCUUUUCCUCACGAAGAUAAUAUCGAGCACUUCAUUGAGGCCCACCACCGGGUUGAGCCAGCCUCCAAAAGCACCAACAACCAGGAGAUUCACGUUUUCGCCAUCGAACGAACCCCGGUCUUCGGUUCCCAAGCUUCCGCCGGAAAGUGCUUCGACAUCGCCUUCGGUUUCGGACCUGCUAAUUUCUCUGUCGAGGCUUGCUUUGAUCUCAGCUCAGGCUCGAUCUCCAUCUGCCUCUACGUGA